CCCGGCUGCUGUGAGUUGUAUUUUUUUUUUUUCACCUACUCCUGCUCUACCGAACGUAGACUACAACGACUACUUGUCAUUACUUCUACGACCAACCGUCGACACUACCACUACUACUACUAUUACCACUAAAUAUUAUUAUAAUAGAUAAAAUUUAAUAAAAUAUAUAUUAUUGCAUUAUAUUUCCACUACCGACCACCGUGCACGCGUGUCGCGAAAGGAUAACGUCGGACGAGAAAUCAUAAUAAUUUAAUCGACGAUUCCGUUUCGUUUUUAUUUUAUUUUUUUUUUGUUGUUUUUUUUUUUUUUGCCGGCGAUCGGGGAAAUUGUCAUUGUUGCUAAAUGUCGCGUAUUUAUUGUUUUAUCAAAAGUCACGAUAUCACCGCACCGUCGUCUUGCCUGUCGCAGUCCUCAGUCCUCGCAAUCCGAUUGCCGUCCGAAACGCUAACGUAUUCGAUCGAAUAUCACGGACAAUAGUGCAGUUUUCGUUCCUAUCCGACGUCGUCGUACUGUCUGUUUGGCGUGCCGAUCGCGAAUACUAUGCUAAUACAGACGUCUGUGGAAGCCACAGUUCACAGCGGUAGCGUCGUCCACUGUCGGCGACGGAAACGCGCGUUUUUCGCGUCGUCGUAAACUCGUCUUCUCACCGCCGUAUAGAGUACGACACAGUUCGCCUUCGAGUCUGCUGAGAGAGUCUGCCGUCUUCGUGUAUGCGUACCUACCGACCGUGCUCAGCAGCAACAUAACAUAUCAAAUGGUUUUUCGAUAUCAUGGUACGCAGCCAUGGUGGUGCUACAAUACGUCGCGAUCUGUCACAAACGCUCGCCACAGCAGUGCCACUGGCACCACCAGCACUAUUAGCGCCGACAUUGAACCGCUGUCGUCGUCCUUAUAAUAGUUGUGGUGGCAAUAACCAUGACACGAGAUUCGGCGGCGGUCGCCGCUUUAGACGACCGCCGCCGCCGCUGUCCUAUAUCGGCGGCAUCCAACGUAGUGGACGAUGCCUCGAUACUGAUGACAAACAGUAUCACUAGGAGUGGCUCUAGUAGCAAUGACGACGUUGGUGGUGGUGAUGAAGGUGGCAGCCUCAAGUCAUCGUCUGAAGUAUCAACGACGACUAGCUGCUGUGGUGGUAGCAGCAGUAGCAGCAGCAGAAGUGGUAGUGAUGAUGACGACUCUGCCACUGUUACCAGGUUGUCUACAGCUAAUGAAGACAGUUGUUCUGCAACCAUCAAAACCCCAAUAGUACUGCAAUCAUUACACAAACAAAUAGAAGACGAUAAUGUUGGUGGUAAAGAUUCUUCUAGCAGCAGUCGUAGUGAUGAAGCAGCUGCGCCCAUUACCCCGACAAAAAUUGGAGGACGUCUCACGUUUUAUAAAGAUGGAAAAUUUAUAUUCCAACUAGCGGCCCAUCAUCAACAAAAUUCAUACAACAAUCCGUCUGCUUUAACAUCUCCAUGUCGUUGGGUACCAGUUCCAACAGUGAUACAGCAACAUAAAAAUAAUGUCAAAUGCAUAGGCGAGUGGUCACAAAAUCAGCAAAAUAAAACAAUAUGGCCUUACUUAGUUAACAAUACUGCCUCUGACAGUAAGUCACCUCAACCGAUACAGCAAUCACAACCACCAACGGUUAGAAUUGGUGAGCGGAAGCAACAACAAUUUCAACAUAGGACGACGCCCCCGCCACUUUCUCUCAUUACCGGUGCUGUUAAUACAGCUGGUGGAAUUGUAGUUGCAACGACGACGAAUAUCAUGCGAAGACCUUCCAGAAAGUGUUCAACAACUGUAGCAGCAGACAAUGUUACCGAUUUUCAACAUAAACACUACCAACCACCCACACAAUCACGAGGUUUACCGAGACGUUCACAGCAACAUCAACAUCAGGCGUUUAUGAUGAUCGCCACCGAGGCAAUAAAGGUUCAGAGGCGUUUAUUGUCAUUACCAAAAAAGCAACGUCUCUGGUGUCAAAGAAAGAGGAAAUCUUUGACUAAAAAUGCCAUGAUACAAGAACUUAAGCCUCCGAAAAUAAAUUUAGAAUGUGUUGUACGAAACCUGUGGUGUCGGCGACAUACAACGGAAUUAUUGUUGCGUAGGCAGCUCUCAAUCAACAAUAGUGGAGAUACUGUUGCUGCUGGUAUUUCUACUGUCGUCGAUGUUCCCCCUGUUGUUUCUCGUCACGUAUCCGUUUCUUCGGCAAGCGUUGUCGAUUCCAUGUGUUCUAAUAUGGGAAGUAGCAAGCGGCGAUCGAUGGUUUCUCCAUCUCUCACCACUGCCACCCCAAUUCCUGUCACUGCCACUACAAUAAACCUUAGUAAUAAGAGUGGCAAUAGUAGCCCUCAUAAAAAAUAUAAAUUGGGACACCAACAGUCGCCAGAACAGUUAUUACUACCGCAACGACGGUUAGCAGUUGAUAAAAAUGUGAAAAAUGCUAUUCCACAACCUCCGCCGCAAGCUAUGUCCACCAACGAUCACAGCAUAACUGCAAUAUUGUCUGGUGGUGCGGCGGGAGCAAAACGCUCUAACGGUAGCGGUGCCCUUUCAAUGGUAAUGGAUCCAGAAAAUUGUGUCAUUACCACACCUACUUCUACAAGUACAAUAUUGUCACCACAUAAACACCUUAAUACACCAUCAUCUGCACCACUAUCCUUAUUGCGUACAUUGCUGAAGAGUCCCAGUAGUGAAAGUGGUUCACCGCCCAUUGCUGCUAGUACAAAUGGUGUUGGAUACAGGCAUCAUACAAAUGGCAGUAGAAAAAGGUCAUCAGUCGAAUCUACGGUUUUAUCAUUACCAUCUAUGAAUGCAACUGCCGUCAAUGUUGAAAAUGGUCUAGGAACGUCGGCAAUGGGAAUACCACCAGUUGGUACUAAUGCAGCUGAUAAUGCUUCUGCUGUUUUAACUGCUCUUCAUCAACUUCCAACUAUUCACCACCCGGCUGCUGGACAAUUAGCCGCUGCUGGUUACUUUAAUGUAUUAUACCACCAAGCGGCAAUGGCUGCUGCUAUGGCGUAUCAAACCCACGCACAAUUGCCUCAACCGUUGCCUAAAUCGCAACCACCGCCCUUAUUGUCUUCACAAUUUUCCACGACCAGUGGUGCGACUAGUACUUGGCAACGUCAACUGAACCGGCGGCCACCUCUUCUACAUCCGCCAGAAGCAAUUGUUGGAAGCGGAGUUACUAACGCCACCAUCUCUUCAUCUGCAUCGACGGUCGUAGCUCCUUACUCUUCACCUUUGAUAGCUGCCACAGUCAAUGGCAGUAGUUUAUUGCCACCUGCUACUCCGUCGCCGCCUCCUUCUUUAAUGUUACAUCCUCAUCCUGUUCACCCCCACCAUUUAUUGUUACACCAUCAGCAGCAGUAUCAACCAAUGCCUACGGUACAACAACAAUCAUCGUUCCAUCGACAACAGGGUAGUAGCGUCAAAAAAAGAACUGGAGUAGCGAUAGGUGUUACCGAGUAUAGCGGUUGUAUAGCAAAAAAUAACACUAGAGAUGUAGCUACCCUAGAUGAAGAGUCAUCUUCUUCCGCCGAUUGUAUGCCGCUCAACCUAUCCAAGGAUUCUAUAGCUGAAAACGUCAGUGGUACUAGUCCAACGGCGAGAGUCAGGUGACACUCGAGCGAAAAUUACUACAAUAGACUAGCUAUUAGCAUUAGACUGUUUGGCCAUUUCUUAAAGGCUAACUGAGUAUACUAUUUCAUUAUCGUGUCAAAUACCAUAUGUACUGAAUAUGCGAAAAUGUAUGUAUGAAUAUUAAAAGAAAAAAACAAUAAUAUUUUAUUUUGUAAAUAUAUAUUCAUACAUACAUAAAUA